UGUGUUUCCUUCACAAAGGGAAGUGAUACCCACUUAAGAGUAUUUAAACUCUUCUUCUACUCCACAUUCUCCACUCUCAGUGCUGAUACACUGACUGAGACUUUCAUCAUGUACCUGAUACAAGGCAUCGUCCUGCUCCUGCUCAGCAUCAGGGUUCAGAGUCGUUCCAUUAGGGUAUUUGUUAAUGGAACCUCUGAGGAGAUCGAUGAUAACAAUAAAUGUCCAUCUGACACUGUUUCUGCCAUAAUUGAAAGAGCCAACAAGAAUGCUGGAAAGCCGAAGGGUGAUUUCACUAUUAUACAUGGUGAUAUAGCGGUGUACACUGGACUCCAGAAUGCAGAUCCAUGUACCGCCUGUGAAUGCAGGUGGCCCAGGAACAGUGAUGGAAAAGUUUAUGUGCCUUAUGUCAUUUCCAGUCAGUACCCACCCUCUGAAAUAGAUGUUAUCCGGCGUGCAAUGGACUCCUUCCAAAAGUCGACCUGUAUCCGAUUCAUUUCUCGCACCAAUGAAGUAGAUUACAUUAAUAUCAUCUCAGACAUAGGGUGCUACUCUUAUGUUGGACGCAUUGGAGGACAGCAGAAUUUGUCUCUACACCAUCUCGGCUGUGUUUACCACAAAACUGUCCAACAUGAACUUCUUCACGCUCUGGGAUUUCAUCAUGAGCAGAGCCGUAGUGACCGUGACGAACACGUCAAAAUCCUUUUUGAAAAUGUUAGAGAUGGAGAAGAGGGUAAUUUUGAAAAAGUAAACACCAACAAUUUGAACACUCCAUAUGACUACAACUCUAUCAUGCACUAUGGGAGAUGUGCUUUCUCCAAGAACGACAAGCCGACCAUCAUCCCCAUACCAGACAAUAAUGUUCCGAUUGGACUUGCCACACAGAUGAGCCCUAAUGAUAUUCUACGUGUUAACAGGCUCUACUGCACUUAAAUGCAACACUCUGAACAUCAUCAGUGUUUCACAUGAUUUUAUAAACCGCCUGCAGAACAUAAAAAAAGUACAAUAAUUUCUCUCAAAUUCAGGAUUAUUUUACUUUGAGUUUGUAUUUUUGAUGCUGUUUCAUUUCUGCUUUUCUGGAAUUUAUUUUCCACGUGCAAUCUUUAAAAACAAUAAAAAG